CACUGCGCAGCGCUUCCUGGCGAUUUCCGAACGGGGCGAAGGCGAGCACAACAAAUGAACGCAAAUGGGAGUGUGACAGUGAGUGCGCGAACGUCGCGUCGUCUUGUUUUUAAUUUUUUCCUGUUUCCAUUCGUUUGAUUACGUUCGCCUAGCGCGCUCAACCUUCGCUCGCCGUCGAAUCCGUCGGAUUGCGUUUGGAAAUGUCCGAAGUGCACAAGUAUACUCCCAGCUAACAUCGCGUAAAAACACGGAAGUUCAGAUUUUCAGUGAAGUAAUAAAAUAGAAAGGAAGCAGGAAGAUGACGACCGAAGAGAAGUUUCACGCCGCUGUUAAUGUGAUACGGAGUUUGCCAAAAAAUGGAUCCUAUCAACCCAGUCAUGAUCUUAUGCUGCGUUUUUAUGCCUACUUCAAGCAGGCGACCCAAGGACCCGUUUCGGGUUCAAGACCAGCGUUCUGGGACAUUGUCGGACGCGCAAAGUACGACGCGUGGAAGAAACUCGGUGAUAUGAGUAAACAAGCAGCUAUGGCGAAAUAUGUUGAUGAACUUCACACUAUUGUUGAAACGAUGAGUUAUUCCGACAAAGUGGCGAGUUUCCUCGAUGCACCCUCGAGUGAACUCGACAAUUUAAAACUAGAAGAUCUUCAAUUGGUGAUUGGCGAUGUCAUCGAGAGGGUGCGCUCGCAACCGAAUUCGCCAUUGGCGUCACGUGAAGCGUCUCCAAACAGAUUGAUCUCCAGCCUGAGCACGAGUAGCGGUUCAACUUCACAUUCACCGUCCAGAGCGGUCGAUAAUGAAGAGAGUGAUCAUAGUGAUGCGGAGUAUGUCGAUACGAUAGACACAAUUGAACCACGAAAGCACAUUCCUAAUGGCAUUCCACCCGAUAUGACGAACGGUUACAUUGGCCACAAAUCCCGCCCGCGUUCACGUACAUUGAGUGUGGAUAUCUCGCAAGAAAUCGCCAAUGCAGUGUCCAGUAUUAAAAUGGACAUUGAUCGUCUCACGGAAAAGGUCGCCGCUGUUGAGAAGCACAAUCGGUCAUCGAGUAGCGGUGGUAGUCGGGCUAUGAUGCGAAGAACAAAAUGGCCGUUUGGUAUCUCUUUUAAAUUGUUGACGUUUAUCGUGCUGUGGCCAUUUGUGGCGAACCUUGUCAUGCGCAGAUACAGCUCGAGACGUUAGGGAUGGUUUUGAGCUGUUUUGCAAUUGGUUUCAACUUUAUUAAUCCUUGUCUUCACACAAAACGCGCUACUCUUACUGAUUAAGUCAAGUUUAAGUCAAACUCUAUUUGUUUUUAGGUAUGAUCUAUUCGGGUUGUGUUGUUUGCUAUGUGAUUUAGAAAGAAAUUAUAAGUAAUGGGCAUGAUUUGCUUUACAAUGGGAUUUGCGGCGGCGAAUGCAUCAGUCAGAUAUUCGCGCACACAGGCAACUAUUUUAAUUGUGGUGUAAUUCGUAAUUUUUAUUGUUAUGUACAAAGUACAGUUUUUUAUAUUUUAUGGUUUUAUGGAGCGUCAACAAAACAAAAUAGACUAAAUAAUUAAUUCAUAAA